AGUGCAUUGUGGGAAGCGUCUCUAUGUUUAUUUACAUCCCCGCCUCCAGCGCUAAAGCGAGUACACUUGGAAUGGAAAGGACUGGAUUCUGAAGAUGACACGGCUCCGAAAAGCUUCCAAGAAGUGCGAAGGAAGCUUUGUGUAACUUUUGGCGGGAAUCAAGGCUAGCAAAACCUCAGCAGUUCACUACUGCCAAGACGGCCCGGGCCGCCCCGCCCGCCCCGCCUUGAGCUAGAGUAGACGUCUCUAUGGUCGAGUAAACGUAGAGAGGCGUCUCUCGGCCCUGGGGGUUGGAACUGCGCAUGAGUAAGUAGCUGCAGCGUUGGAAAAAUGGCGGAGGAAGAACCAAGAAGAAAGAUCCCUUUGGUUCCAGAGAAUCUCUUGAAAAAGAGGAAGGCUUAUCAGGCCCUCAAAGCCACCCAGGCAAAACAGGCGCUUUUGCAAAGGAAGGAGCAGAGGAAAGGAAAACAAAUCAAGUUUAAGCGACUAGAAUGGUUUGUACAUGAUUCCUGGCGGCAACUACGGGACAGAGUGCGACUCAGACGGCUAAAAGUGAAACCGCAUGGCUUGGAAGUGCCAGACAAACAUUCCUUGGCCUUUGUUGUACGCAUUGAAAGGAUUAAUGGGGUGAGUUCACUGGUGCAAAGGACCAUUGCCAGACUUCGCCUGAAUAAGAUUUUCAGUGGUGUCUUUGUGAAAGUGACCCCUGAAACCAUAAAGACGCUUCGUAUCGUGGAACCUUAUGUGACCUGGGGAUUUCCAAAUCUGAAGUCUGUUCGGGAACUCAUCUUGAAACGUGGACAAGCGAAGGUCAAGAACAAGGUCAUCCCUCUGACAGACAACACAGUUAUUGAGGAGCACCUGGGAAAGUUUGAUGUCAUUUGCUUGGAAGACCUCAUUCAUGAAAUUGCCUUCCCGGGGAAGAAUUUCCUGGCGAUCUCAAGGUUCCUAUGCCCUUUCCAACUCUCAGUGGCCCGUCAUGCUACCAAGAAUAGAGUGGGCUUCCUCAAGGAAGUGGGCUCACCAGGCUAUCGUGGUGAACGCAUCAAUCAGCUCAUCCGGCAGCUGAACUAAACCCAGCGUACCUGAAAAUAGUGCACUGGAAGCGUGUGGUGGUGUUUUAUGGACUUGUCACUCAGUAUCUUCAGGGAAGAUUGUUUUCUGCUAGAAUAUAUCUUCAGAAACUGGAGGAGAGAGCCAGGGGAAACACAGUGAUGUUCCCAGCCUGCACUGCAUCCCACCUCAGUUCCAAGGAAGAGUUCCUGUGGUGACCACCGUCCACCUCUGAAACCAGCAAAGGCUCAUGCCACGGAGGAGGAAGUCCUUUUCUAUCACGUCUCUCCUGGGCUGUACUGUUGGUGACUGAACACUUACCUAUGAGUACAAGACAGCAGUGGACCAAGCCCGGGAGCCUGUUGAACCUGGGGUUUCCUGGGGCCUUGUUUUUGGAAGAACUUGAAGUUACAGUUGAGUUAAGUUAGAACUUAAAAUUAAAAUUGAAAGCACACAAAAACGGUACUUGGUUGUCUCUCCCGUGAGUUCAUGUUCUAACUUCAGCGACAGCUUGGCAAGCUCUCAGGCUGGCUCUAGGUAUAUCCAGUGUCUUAUCAUUGCAGCUGGCUUAGUGCUUUUCUCUAGCUCAGGAUUUUAACCUACUCCUGGAUCUGUGAGAAGGUCCUUUUCCCAGAAAAACAUACACUCCAGUUUUUUCUUGGAAGUUUAGGGUAUUUGUAGAUCCUUCUCAGGGACCCAGGGACCUUAUGUGAAGAAGUCCUGUGCUAUCAGUAUUGGUCACACAGGCUCUGAUCUUGCAGCCUCCUCUGGUUCUGUGCCCUGUUGGAAGACCAAAGCUUACCAGAGGUUUUUUUUUCUCCCUUUCAAGCCAAGUGGAUGUUUCCUACAAUAUGGUAGAAUGCUGAGCCCCUGUGCCAUUAAUCAGUCGAUCUAAAAAGAAGUGGAAAACUAUCCAAGCCAAAUUUAAGAAUCAUAACUCAGAAAGAGCAUCUCAGAAAGCUCUAAGAACUAUUCUGAUUAGAAGUGAAGACACAGUUACAUAAAUUUUUUUGAGAGGAAGGCUGUACAUCAAAUAACAUUGACAGCUGAUACAGUCCAGACCUGAGUGCCAUGGGACCCCUUAUCAAAUGAAAUGUUACCUCUAAGGGCUUGUCUUAGGAGAAUAUUGCUCUUUAUGGUUGAGGGGAAAUUUCUGCCAAAGAGGAAAGUUUGGUCAAUGCAUAAUGUAGCUAGAUACACAAUGCACAGUGGCAGGAGAGAGAAGGCCAGAGACGAUUUCUUGUUUUGGAGAUUUCCUUAGUCUAGUGGCUAAAACUCUGCUUUCAAUGCAGGGGCCAGGGUUCAGUCCCUAGUCAGGGAACUAGAUCCCAAAUGUCUUAAGUUCGCUUGCAUGCUGCAAAGAUGGAAGAUCCCAUGUAGAAGACCUGGCUUAGCCAAAUAAGACACUUAAAAGUCUUGCC